CCUACUCUCCCCCUCACACAAGCAGCGGCCGUCGUCACGUCACUUCCGGAGCUCCGCGGGCGCUCAAACGCCGUUUCCGGUUGGCAGGAAGGCGCAUUCUGGAAUUCAUUCCGCUGUAAGCGCUCGGUUACACGCCGGACUUUCCAGGACAGCAGUAAGCCCCACUGAGAGCACAGGCAACACAAAUCAAACAAUGGAUUCCUUUGACCUUAAGGAUGAGAUCACUGAAGUCAUUGUUGACCCUGAUAUGUAUGAAGAUGCUUCAGGCUCGGAUAUUGAAUCAUACCAGGAUGACAACCAGAAUGGGGAUGACCUCUCCCACAAAGAAAACCAGGGUGAACAUUCCCCUCCAACUCACGGCAGAACCCUGAGGAAACGCCAGCAGUACUUUUGCCCCGAGUGUGAGAGCUGUUUCAAAAAUAACUCUGAGUUGGAAUCCCACCGCAAAAUGCACCGAGUGGACCAUCAGUAUCACUGUAAUAUAUGCGACAAAAAGUUUAAGCACAAGUCGGAACUAAUGGUGCACCGCAGGGAACAUUCCAGCAAGUCAGAGGAUGUGGAUUAUGUAGUGCCGACCUUGAGUCCGCAGUCAAGCAGGAACCAUGACAGGAGCCCGGAGCCGAAAAAAAGCUCCUGUUUGCCUGUCGGGGAAAAGCCUCACAAGUGCAACUUCUGUGAGAAAAGGUUCAACGACAAGUUGAUCCUGGAAGCCCAUCAGAGGAUCCACAUCGGGAAGCUCAUGUACCCCUGUACGAAGUGUGAUGAAAGCUUCUCCAAGGCGGCUGUGCUCGCCGCUCACUUCAACACCCAUAAAGACGGCAAGCCCUUUGAGUGCGACCAGUGUGACAGAAAGUUUAAUGACCAUUCGCUCCUCGUUGCCCACAAGAGGACCCACACUGGAGAGAAACCGCAAAAAUGUAACACUUGCAACAAGUGGUUCCCCAACUCGGCCAGCCUGGCGGCGCAUGGCGAGUGCCGCUCGAGGCCCAAACCCUAUCAGUGCAGGCACUGCACCAAAAGUUUCAACGACAAGGCCUUGCUGAUCACCCAUGAAGGCGUGCACACAGACACUAAGCCCUUAAAGUGCACACAGUGCAGCGAGAGCUUUUACUUGAAGACUCAACUGGUCGCCCACCAGGCAGUUCAUGCCCCGGAAAAGCCCUUCCCUUGCAGCCAAUGUGAUAAGAGCUUCAACAAGGAAGAGACACUGCAAGCUCACAUUCGUGUCCACAACCUGCAACGGAUUCAAGCACAGCCCACAUACACUUAUUGAGAUCCCAGCAACUGCCGACUCUGCUUUGGACACCGCUUGGAUGAGAGUUAAUGUUCUAGUCAUCUCCCCGACAUCCCAUUUAAACCCUGAGCUCUGCCAGCUUUCCAUAGCACUGAGAAUGCUGUCCAUGAGUCUGCAGCACACUUGCUAAAUGCCUUGUGCGGGUGGUGCUUGGGAUUUCUCCCAAUAUCGUACCCUUAUUUGCUUCAGGGUAUGUACAUAGAUUGCUUUCUCCUCCUUCCCUCUAUCUCCUUGUUCUCACAUCUCCGUAGAAACAGUUAAACAUUUGUUUUCUAUUGUGACAUCAGUACAGGUGAUAAGUAUAACCGUAGAUAGACUGUAAAGCUCCGCGAGAGAACGUCGCCAUUAUUCAACUUCUUCACCGGAGGCGCUUUGUCUGCUUUUCUGAGUCAACCCCUUUAACAAUGGCCUUUUGUUGAGUAUUUUAUUGGAUACAAUCUACUUUUGGGGUGGAAACUCUCUUUACAAACUGUCAGGAAACAAUGGAUUUUUUACCUUAAACUCACAUUACAGUGUUUUAUUGGGAUCUGCCUUGGUCUGAAGAUCGGAACUGCCUGGAAACUGGCAAAUGCAUGCAGAUAACCGUAACUGGAAUGUACGACUAUUGCUAUAGAUAGACGGUUGGAAGGAGCCGCCUGAUGUACUAUGGACAGACGCCAGUACGGUGCAUGAACAUGUCGUGCAGUCGAUCGUUCUUAAUUAAUGUUCAUCGUUCAAUUUCAGUCUAUGAAAAGAAAAAGCCAAUGACCUGUGGUUAAAAUUCAGGCAGUGUCUUAAUCUGUUUUACCUUUUCCUGCACACUGAGCUAUUUGCCAUUGUGUCACAUGGGUUCCGUAUGAAUCAAACAUUCAGAGUUUUUUUUUUAAUGGACACAGUGGCAUCAAUAAAUCGUUUAAUUUUCA